GCAAGAAGGAUGUCCAGCAUCACCAUCGCUCCAUCUACAUCCACGUCAUCGGAGCAGCGUAGUAACAACAACAAUAAUCCUCUCGGCAUCUUCCGCCAAUUCUUCGAUUGGGGUCACAAGAAGAAGCAGGCAGAGAAAGCCGCUGCAGCCUCUCGUCCGACCUCGUCGACUAUCGCCAAACUACAACCAACAUCCUCCAAUGGUGCUGUGGUGUUGGACCAGCCUGGAACCCCCCUAGUACGCUUACAAUCGACGCCGAAAAAGGCGGCGGCCGUGCUCUUCGACGAACAAUACGAAGUGCUCAAGCACUUGGGCAACGGUUCUUAUUCCCAGGUGAAACAAGUCACCCAUCGAUCCCAAGGCGGUACGUUUGCCGCCAAACUCGUGGAAAAGCAAGUGUUGUCGAAGACCGAUCGCGUCGCAUUGAGCCAGGAAGUGCUCAUCUUGUCCAGGAUGGACCACCCGAACGUCAUGCGUCUCCACGAAGUCCUGGAAGACGAGUCCAAGUGCAUCAUGAUUAUCGAAUGCCUCGACGGUGGCGACCUCUUUGACAGGGUGACUCAAAAGGGCAAACUCGCCGACGCCGAAGCGCAGGGCGUCAUGGCCGCCCUCGUGGAAGCCGUGUUCUACUGCCACUCGCACUGCAUCCUCCACCGCGACAUCAAGCCUGAGAACAUCCUCAUGUCGUCAGCCGGGAUCAAGCUGUGCGACUUUGGGUUCGCCAAGCAGCUCAACUCGGUACACGAACGCGCGACCGACUCGUGCGGUACCCCGGGGUACGCCGCCCCCGAAGUGCUCAAUGGCCGCAGCUACGGGUUCGAAGUGGAUGUGUUCAGCCUCGGCGUCGUGCUGUACAUCCUGCUCUGCGGGUACCCCCCGUUCCCGAUGAAGCUCCAAAAGCUUCGCAAACACAACUUUGAAGUGCUCUUUCCGCCCAAAGAAUGGAACCACGUCGCAUAUUCGACCAAGGAAUUGAUCAAAUCGAUGCUGGCAGUGGACCCGGCGCUACGCCCCACAGCUCUCAUGCUAAAGCAACACCCGUGGAUCGUCCAAGGCCGCCGCGUCCGCCCGCCCGCGACAGCGUCAUCGGCCGACUUGCAUGCCGCGUUCACGUCCGGCGCCGGCGUGUCGGCCAUGAAGUAUGGCCGCCAAGGCAUCCCCCAUGCAACAUGUAUCAGCCUCUGCCCCACCUGUCACAUGGUGUGGUGGCGGCCCAAAGAUCUAGAUCGCACCACAUCCAUCGUCCACAAAUUGUUUUCACCACGUCGGUCCGCCUUGAACUCGCCGCAUGCCGCGCAGUGGGAAAGCAACAACUGCCACAACCACCCAUCCAAGGGGAUUUUGAUUUCCGAGAUACACCAGAUCGUCCAAGGACUCAAGACGCCCGUGUUUGAACGGUCGCAGAGCUCGCAAUUGGUGGCGGAAAGGUGCUGCUCGAUCGUGACGGAGACCAGAACGCUCGACUUGGAGUUCCCGACCAAGCAAAUGUGCGAUGCCAUCGUCGCCCUCUUCACGCAGGUCGUCACGGCUGCUACGCAACUCCCUAGUAACUAGUUAGUAUAUUAUAACCGCCCAGCGUGGUCGUGAGCUUAACACACACAUAACAGUAGUACCCAUGGUCUCG